AUGCAAGCCCUCGCAGCCUCUAUUCUCGAGAGCGCCACCGCUCUCUCUCAGGAGCUGAGUGCAGCUGGGGUAGAUGACUACUCCCUGGAUAGCGAGCAAGCGCCGGUCGACCUUCCGCUACUGAGUGUCCGGGGCUCGAAUGCUCAGUCGUCACUCAUUGUAGCUGCCGAACAGAUUCUUCGGCUGGCGCGUGGACCUCUGGGUUAUUUGAACAAUUAUGGCCUGACUGUGGUCGAAGCGGGCACACUGAGAGCUCUCGUGAAGCUGGGUAUCCCAACUCGUAUCCCUCUGGGAGAGUCCCGCUCAUAUCAGGAGCUGGCCGACGACGUCAACAUUUCUCCUGAGCUGUUGCAGAGGCUCAUUCGAUAUGCCGCGGUCUGCGGCUUCUUACGCGAAGACGACGACGGCAAGGUCCGGCACAACUCUGCAUCUGUCAUCUUUGUUCGAGACCACGAAGCCUCGGGCGGCGUCUCGUGGAAUCUCGAAGUGCCCCUGAAAGCCGCGCCCCAAAUGUUCGAAGCGUUGCAGCGGGACCCGUUGGGCCAGGACCCUCGAGCAUGUGCCGCCAGCCUGGCGUAUCAAUCGGGCGCGGCGCUCCCAACGUUGUGGGAGAUUCACGAUAUGUUUCCUAUCCUGCGCGACCAAUUUCACGACUUGAUGGUUUCAAGCUGCUCUUCGCCCUUGGAGUCCAUCGAGCACCUGGUCGGUGGAGUGGAUUGGACGGUGUUGAACACUGUCAUUGACGUUGGGGGCUCACGGGGUCACGCCUCGCAAGCCAUUACUGCGAGAUACCCGCACAUCCGGUGCAUCGUACAAGACACCAAAGAGGGCAUCGCACAGGGGGUAGAAGCCGAAAACGUCGCAUUCAUGGAGCAUGACUUCUUCAAGCCGCAGACCGUGCUCGCCGAUGCGUAUCUCUACCGCUACAUCAUCCACGACUGGGCCGACGGGGAUGCUAGACGGAUACUCUCCGGCGUUGUGCCAGUCUUGAGACAAGGCACCAAGCUUAUCGUCAUGGACAUAGUUGCCCCGGCGCCAAAGACGGUCGACUUGCACAUAGAACGAUGCAUACGGGGCUGGGACGUGAGCAUGGGCGUACUCCUGGCGGGCAAGGAACGCACCCUUGAGCAAUUUCAGGCUCUCGUUGCGGAUGUGGAGGCCCGGCUGCGUUUCCAGACCUGUGUUCGUCCCAGCGGAAGUCUCAUGAGUAUAAUGACUUGGGUCUAUGAGGGGUAG